AAAGUAAAUACAGCUGAAAGGCAGACCAACCAUAACAUGAAAAGGAAUUAGUUUACGAAAAUAAAAAAGAGGCAGGCCCUCUUGGAUUCUAGUAUGUUAUGUCAACUCAAAGAGGAUUUAUGUUGUGUGUGUUACCUGAGACUUCGCCUGAUACAGUAGGGGGCAAUGGUGACAACACGGAAUCGGAGAGAGCCGAACUCUCCAGAAAGAAGGCGAUCCGGGUGUAUCUUUAUAUGUCCGUUGUCCAGGUGAUAUGUGGACUCAUGAUCUUCGCAUGCUCGUCAAUCGCCGUGCAUUAUCACUCAGGAGGCGGGUUCCCGUAUUUCAUCGGGAGUUUCGUCAUUGGUGGUAUGUUGCUGGUAGCGAGCAUGAUUGCAUUCCGGGUGUACAAUAAGGGACCACUGUUCAGCACGUGCGAUGUAUCGCGUAAAGAGGUGUUAUGUGCGCUCAACAUGCAUCGUGGGAUUUCGUUUUUCAUGUUUUUCAUCUGCGUGUUUGGCCUGGCGAUCAUCUGGAUGUAUGGCCUGUGUUUAAUGAAUGAAACAUCGUGUUCGUACACUGAACACAUACAAAAGAACAAAACUAUUGCUAUCAUAGUGUUUGUGCUAGGCAGUAUAGGUCUGAUUACAUCAGCAGUUGGAAUCGCGUUAAUCCGGAAGUUCGGGAAAGCGUUCGGUUUACAGAUUGUAUCCGGGCGUGUGGGUGGCCUCCGGUAUAUGGGCUACCCUGGCGACGUCGCACGUGAAUUGCACAGACAGAACGCUGAAGCGCAAGGUCGAUUGGACAAUCAAACACACUAUCCUUACAUGCCUCCAGGUUGCACAGGAUUCACGAACUUUGGGUUCGAGCCUCCAACGCCACCACCGUACAGUCCAACUGCUGUUGAAACGAGUAUAGUUGGAGGUGUAGUUCAGACUGGUCAAAGUCCACAAACAACAGACACGGGUCCAUAUUCAAUACCAGUAAAUCCACCUAAAUAUUCAGAUUUAGAACUAAGUGUUGUUCCUUCAGAACCUCCACCAGCUUACAAGGAGACUGAUAAUGGUAAUACUGAAACUAUUAGUGGUAAUCCUGAAACUAUUAAUGGUAAUCCUGAAACUGUUAAUGGUAAUCCUGAAACUAAUGAUCCUGAAACUAAUGGUAAUCCUGAAACUGUUAAUGGUAAUCCUGAAACUAAUGGUAAUCCUGAAACUGAUAAUACUAAAUGAUAAAUACGUAUCUAGAUUGUGCCAUACGAUUCCAGAGGAAAAGGUGUCUUUGAACGGGUCUGGUGUCAUUCCACGUACUCAUCAUGAACUGU